AUGAUUCGGUCCAUCCAAGCAGCCCAGCGAUUAGAUUCAAGAGGAAACCCCACUGUUCAAGUUGACCUGACUAUAGAUAGAGGCAAGUCGACACCAAGUACUUUCCGCGCUCUUGUUCCUUCUGGUGCCUCCACAGGCGCGCAUGAAGCUACCGAGUUAAGGGAUAACAAGUUGUCUGUUUAUGGCGGGAAGGGUGUCGAGACAGCAGUACAGAAAGUAGAGGAGGUUAUUGCACCUGCUUUGAUCAAGAGUGGGCUCAGGGUAGAUACGGACCAGAAAAGGAUUGAUGCGCUCCUAAAGGACUUGGACAAUACCAAAAAUAAAAGUAAACUGGGAGCCAAUGCUAUUCUGGGGGUCAGUAUGGCAUGCGCUAGAGCAGGGGUAGCAUGUUUGGAUAUACCAUUGUACGAGUUCCUUCGCCAGGAAUCAGGAGCGAAAAAGCUUUACGUGAUGCCCGUUCCAUUCUUCAAUGUCCUCAACGGGGGAGUACAUUCGGGCAACAAGAUGGCAUUUCAGGAGACCAUGAUUGCUCCCGUCGGGGUCACUUCUACACUGCAUAUAUUUCCUGCUCUAAUGUUUUGCUGGUGUAGUGUGACGGGCAGCAGCCAGUUUGCGCCAGGUGCAAAAUAUAUGGUUACAGAUGUACUUGGUCUACAUGCAAAAGGAGAAUGUCUGCUGAGUUUCUGGCUGGUGCAGGAGAACUGUCCAGGGAGACUGCCUCUUCAGUGUCACCCAAGUCUGAGAUAA